AUGAUGAAAAGCUUUGCCUCCACCUACCUCGCGGCCGACGCUGGUAACGGGCAGUCUGGUGCCCAGUCUCCAACCUACCCGAUAGAGACCCGCCACUUCAUUGACGGCGAAUUCCAACCGUCGAGAAGUAACAAGACAUUUCCCCUGAUCAGCCCCGCCACAGGAAACCUCUCAGCCAAUGUUUCGGCGGCCCAGGCCGAAGACGUCGAUUUGGCUGUAGAGGCUGCUAGCCGGGCCUCAAAGCCAUGGGCAAAGGUUUCAGCCUCGGAAAGACGAGCCGUGAUGCUCAAGAUAUGUGACCUUAUUGACCAGCAUGUCGGCGAAUUUGCGUACCUGGAAGCCAUCUCGAUGGGCAAGCCAGUCUCCAACUAUGUGGACCACAUCAUUGGCACCUCGAUCUUGAGAUAUUACGCUGGAAAGGGUCAUGAUAUCGCGGGUGUUACCUCGCUGGCCACGGAUAGCCAUUUGAAUCUGACGUUAAAGCAGCCGUAUGGCGUCACCGCAGCUAUCAUCCCAUGGAACGUUUCUUUAAUCAUGAUGUGCAUGAAGAUCGGGCCCUCGCUCAUUGCCGGGAAUGCCCUGGUCAUGAAAUCCUCUGAGAAGUCUCCACUUACUUCUCUCCUCUUCGCUCGCCUUGCCAAGCAGGCUGGGCUGCCGCCGGGCGUUUUGAACAUCUUGUCGGGGCUUGGCAAGCCUUGCGGCGACUGCCUUGCUCGCCAUAUGAAGAUCCGCAAGAUUUCGUUUACGGGAAGUGCCCGGACGGGCAAGCUUGUUCAGCGAGCGGCCGCUGAAUCAAAUUUGAAGGACUGCACGCUUGAAUUGGGCGGAAAGAGCCCCUUGGUUGUUUUCGAGGAUGCCGACCUUGAAAAGGCUGCCCAGGCUGCCGCCUUCUCCAUCAUGUUCAACUCUGGUCAGAUUUGCAUGGCCAGUACCAGAGUCUACGUACACAGGUCGGUGGCGACUCAAUUUCUAAGCAUGUACAAGGAUAAGAUCCUUCAAGUGAGAGGUCACGUUGGCGAUCCUCUAGACCCCAAGACUACAUCUGGUCCAGUGGCAGAUCGUCAACAAUUCAACACCAUCAAAGAGUUCCUGGAGGGGGCCAAGCAAGAGGCAUGCUCCUUUUCCAUGGGAGAUGUUCCAACUGAGCAGAAGGGCUGCUUCGUCGACCCUGUGAUUAUCUGGGAUCCGCCAAAGAACAGCGAUAUUGUGCAAAAGGAAGUGUUCGGACCUGUUGUCUGCGUAAUCCCGUUCGACACGGAAGACGAGGCUAUAUCGGAGGCAAAUGACUCCGAGUAUGGCUUAUACGCGAGCGUUUUCACGCGCGAUAUCAGUCGCGCAAUUCACUUUGCUAAAGACUUUGAGGCUGGAACCAUUGGCAUCAACACCACCUCACCGUAUCAUUGUGAGAACCUUCCGAUUGGAGGGACUAAAGGUUCUGGUACCGGCAGAGAGCUCGGCUCGGAAGGGCUUGAUAUCUGGACAGAGACCAAGACUGUCUUUGUGGAUCUCAGUUGA